UCUGUGGAGCUGGGGCAUAAGCCGGCAGGGCCACCCACCCAGACACCUCGCAGCAUAGAAGAGCUUUCCAGAAGGAGCCUCGCCCAGCCUCUGCACUGAGGGCUUCCGUGCACGUUGCUGCAGCUGCAGGCCCAAGAUGCCGGCUGUCCAGCUGCUGCUUCUGGCCUGUCUGGCGUGGGAGGUGGGGGCCAGGACAGCCCAGCUCCGGAAGGCCAACGACCGGAGUGGCCGAUGCCAGUACACCUUCAGUGUGGCCAGCCCCAGUGAGUCCAGCUGCCCCGAGGAGGGCCAGGCUGUGUCAGCCAUCCAGGACCUGCAGAGAGACAGCAGCACCCAGCGUGCGGACCUGGAGUCCAUCAAAGCCCGGCUCAGCUCCCUGGAGGGCCUCGUCCACCGGUUGACCUCGGACCAGGCUGCUGGGCCCUUGGAGACCCAGGAGGGACUGCAGAGGGAGCUGGACACCCUGAGGAGGGAGCGAGACCAGCUGGAAACCCAGACAAGGGAGCUGGAGACAGCCUACAGCAACCUCCUCCACGACAAGUCAGCCCUGGAGGAAGAGAAGAGGCGUCUGGGGGCAGAGAAGGAGGAUCUGGCCAGGAGGCUGGAAAGCAGCAGCCAGGAGGUGGCAAGGCUGAGAAGAGACCAGUGUCCCCAGGCCCACAGCUCCUCUCAGGACAUGCUGCCAGGCUCCAGGGAAGUUUCUCGAUGGAAUUUGGAGAACGUGGAAUUCCAGGAGCUAAAGUCAGAGUUAACUGAGGUCCGUGCUUCUGGACGUUUGAAGGAGAGUCCAUCAGGCGUGCCCAGGAGUGAAGAGGGAGACGCUGGAUGUGGAGAGCUCGUUUGGGUGGGAGAGCCUCUCACUCUAAGAACAGCGGAAACAAUCACGGGCAAGUACGGCGUGUGGAUGAGAGACCCCCAGCCCGCGCACCCCUCCACCCGGGAGACCACGUGGAGAAUCGACACCGUCGGCUCCGACAUCCGCCAGGUUUUCGAGUACGAGCUCUUCAGCCAGUUCCUGCGGGGCUACCCUUCCAAGGUGCACGUGCUGCCCCGGCCGCUGGAGAGCACCGGCGCCGUGGUUUACGCCGGGAGCCUCUAUUUCCAGGCGGCCGAGUCCAGAACGGUGGUCAGGUAUGAGCUGAACACCGAGACAGUGAGGGCGGAGAAGGAACUACCGGGAGCCGGCUACCACGGCCAGUUCCCGUAUUCAUGGGGCGGCUACACGGACAUUGACCUGGCUGUGGAUGAGACAGGCCUCUGGGUCAUCUACAGCACCGAGGAGGCCAAGGGCGCCAUCGUCCUCUCCAAACUGAACCCGGAGAAUCUGGAACUUGAACAAACCUGGGAGACUAACAUCCGUAAGCAGUCGGUGGCCAACGCCUUCAUCAUCUGCGGCACCUUGUACACUGUCAGCAGCUACUCAUCACCGGAUGCUACCGUCAACUUUGCGUAUGACACAGGCACGGGGAGCAGCAAGGCCCUGGCCGUCCCGUUCAAGAACCGGUACAAGUACAGCAGCAUGAUUGACUACAACCCCCUGGAGAAGAAGCUCUUUGCCUGGGACAACUUCAACAUGGUCACCUACGACAUCAAGCUCUCCAAGAUGUGAAGAGCAGCCAGGCUGUGUCAGAAAAGGCAGGAGGAGGUGAGGGUCCGGGCUCCCGAGGGAGAGCCAGCCAGCCAAAGCCAUGUUGCUUUUCCCUGCUUUCCAAGCUUUCAUUAAUCCAGAAGAAUGUGCAUUGUCAUCAUGUCUGACCGGCCGGGAACAGCAAUCUGGGCAUUUAAACAGGUUCACAAUAGAUAUUUUCUUCUGUCAGCUUUUAAAGAGAUGUUUAACAAAAACAGCUUAUGUUUUCUGGUGAUUUGGGGCAAAAGCUAUAAUACAUAGUAGUUUUCUUCAUGAAAACCACAAGCCUUUUUAUAAAUAGCUGUCAGUGGCUGAAGAGGGUAAGUUUGGAGGAGAAAAGUUUGGGACAAACAGGUGGCCAUGUGGAAUCUAGGGCCACCCCCUGCUCUUGCAUGUCGCAUGGUUACCAUAAGCCACAAUAAAACCAAUGCUUCUAAAGGACGAGGAAGAGCUCUUGUGGCAGCACCGCACGUGUGUAAGAUGGGUUUGCCAUGGGUAGCUUCUAAUGCUUCAGGGAGAGCCCAGUUGGGUAUUUCAUAACCUUUGUCCUGUGAAAUAAAAUUAUCUUAUACAGCAUUC